AUGGCAUCAAACGAGGAUUGCGCGUCGGUGUUAGAGCAAUUCAUUCACGAUGCGGCGAACUUACCAGCCGAGAUUACCCACAUGAUGGAGGAGAUUCAGGCCAAGGACAAAGACCUGCAGAAAUGUUUGUCCAUCAUCAAUCAAAAGGACACCAACAUCCAAAAACAUCUCAGACUUAACGGAGUACUCGCUCCACAUCCCAAGGAGAACGAGUAUGUUGAUCUAGUCAAAAAGAAUUACGAGCUGUGCCAUGGACUGCAGGGACAGAAAGUCGCCCUGAGUGAAAAAGCAUGCACCCUGUUGGAGCGGCAGGUCAAGAAACUGGAUAUGAAGAUUCGAGAAUUGCAGAGUGAUGGCCAACUAAUCGACGGCCCGCCCUUACCAAGUGUUUUCAACCGCAAGGCUGAGACACAAAAGACCUUUAUUGACCUACCCACCAAUUUACCUCUACAGAACGCCUCGAUUAAUGCUCUCAACACAAACGCACAUAAGAUCAACGCACAGAUCUCUGCGACCAUGCAGCAGGCCCAAGCUAGACAAUUGCCGCAAAUUACGACUGGAAGCACACCUGUCCAACGGAGCUCUGCACCAGCCACACCUGCUUCGGCCGUUCAACAACAGCGUCAACGAGAGCGAGAACACUCCCAAGGUGCCGAGAACAAGCGACGGAAAUUGGGAGGCCCACUUCCAGGCACGACCCUUCCUGCCCAGCCGUCCGGUCUUCGACAAUCCUCCCUUGGCCCAGGCACUCCAAAAGCAGGGACACCUACAGGCACAGGUACAAGCCGAGCCGGGAGUAUGCCUCGAUCCGUAGGCGCACAAGUAUCAGCUGGACCUCCCAAGAAGUCAGGCCUCUCCAAGAAAGUCAUCUCACAUCAGCAAGUCAACAAGCUCAAGCAAAAAGGCUCAACUAAGGGAAGGCUAUCUGCUGGGCGCAAAAAGGGGCAAUCGCCGUCAGUGCGGGGAGGACGUGGCGGCACGGCAGCCUCGGAAGAUGCAGACUCUGUACUAUCAUCCGCAGAUGCCUCCGAAACCGAUGCCUCUCAAUCAAGGGGAAGGCGAGGAAAUAAGAAGCAACAACAAACUGCAUCAGAAGAGCCCGACGGUGACAUGGGCGAGGAUGAAGAAAUGGAAGAUGAAGAAGGAGAAGACGACAAGCGCUACUGCCUCUGCAACCAGCGCAGUUAUGGGGAAAUGGUGGCUUGUGAGAAUGACGAGUGUCCCUUCCAGUGGUUUCACACGGGCUGCUUGAACAUGAAGAAAGUUCCAGAUGAGGACGAAGACUGGUACUGUCCGACGUGCAGGGAAAAGCCAGAGAUAAUUGAAAAGGUCAAGAUCAAGAAGAAAGCUGGCAGGAAAUAG